GUAUAGUUUAGCUCUCGUCGCCGAAAAUCAGCAAGGGCCUAAAGCAAUGAAACUUGAGUGGCUAAUAUCGAGGUUACUCUCACUGUAGCCUCCAUGCCAUCUAUGGAACUUUUUUAACUUCAAGUUAUUAUUAUGUGUUACAAAAGCCAAUUGGACCCCGAAGCCCAACCAGUCAAAGAAUCUACCAACCCAUUUUCGAAUUAAUUUCUUUUUUUCCGGUAAAGUUACGAGACAUAAUUGAUUCUGAUGGUACUUAUCAACCAGUCAUGGUUUUCGAUUCUGAAAAGGCUAUCGACAGUUGUAUUGCUACCCAGAGCACCUCUUUCCAAAUUCAUGGACUCGUCUUCCAAACUCAACAGUAACAAUUAUGUAGGAACGCAGAGACUCCUUGCCUUAGCUCAGCAGCUUCGCCUUUACAAACCCCCAUCGUUUCAGGACGACAUCGAUGAGCAAACAAUGGAAGAAAAUGGGGGAAAGGUCGUCUCACAAGUCGGGUUUCCAGAGUCCACCACUCAAAUUGCUCAAAACCCGGAAAAAUUUAGACCUAAACGAGCUGCCGUUUUGAUCUGCCUUUUCGAAGGGGAUGCUGGGGAUCUAAGGGUGAUUCUAACUAAGCGAUCAUCCAAGCUAUCUACUCACUCGGGUGAAGUGGCCUUGCCUGGUGGGAAAACAGAUGAAAGGGAUAAGGAUGAUGAGGAUACUGCGAAAAGAGAAGCGAAGGAGGAAAUUGGGUUGGACCCUGAACUUGUCAAUGUCGUUACUUUUCUUGAACCAUUCUUAUCCAAGCACCUAUUGAGAGUGGUUCCUGUCAUUGGCAUACUUCAUGACAAGAGAGCAUUCAAACCUAUUCUGAAUCCUGCUGAAGUGGAAUCGGUAUUUGAUGCACCUUUAGAGAUGUUUCUCAAGGAUGAAAAUCGUUGUCAGGAGGAGAGGGAGUGGAUGGGAGAGAAGUAUCUGAUACAUUUCUUUGACUACGAAACCGAUCAUAAAAAGUAUAUCAUAUGGGGUUUAACUGCUGGGAUCUUGAUUAGGGCUGCAUCAGUGGUGUUCCAACGGCCCCCGGCUUUUGUGGAGCAAAAUCCUAUGUUCAAGAUUCCCCGGAAUCUAGGCAAGGAUUCUGGAAUGCGUUGAGUUGGAGAUAAUUAUACUGUUUGAUUCUUCAAAAUAGGUCAAUUUUAUUCUUUAAGUGCACUGAGCACUCUAGAUAAUCUUACUUCCAUUGUAUGUAUUGAAAGAAAGGAAAAGGAGUGGGGUUCCAUUGCUGCUUACAGCAUCAGAAAUAGUUCUAGAAACACUUGAGGACUACUACCUUGCCUUCCCUCACUUGUUUAUUUAGGCCACCUUGUCCUUUUUUAAAAUUUGAAAUUCUUGUAAGGUUGCUGCAUGGAUAUAAUUAGUACUGCAAUGUACUUCACUGAUUGACAGAGUAGGGGAUUACUGAAGCUUUACCUUCAGCUUGGCUAUUUGUUAGAUUUGUCGUGUUUAAAGAGAGGACCUCAUGCCAGUUCAUUUGUCA